GUUCACCGUCUGUCCAAUGAAAAUGGCGAACAAUCCAGCACGGAAAUGGAGCGAUGAGCAGCUCAAAAGUGACGAUUUGCCCAAGAAAGAUUCAGGAUAAAGCCGCACACUCGGUCAGAGUUCACCGAGUGUCCACUUAAAAUGGCGGACGAGCCAGCCCGGGAAUGGAGCGAUGAGCAGCUCAAAAGUGACGAUUUGCCCAAGAAAGACAUCAUAAAGUUCAUUCAGGACAAUGCGGCACAUUCGUUCCUCAACGAGCACAAACUGUUGGGAAAUAUCAAGAAUGUGGCCAAAACUGCAAAGAAAGAGCAGCUCGUCGUUGCUUACAACGAGCUGUUUGCUAGCAAAAGGUUUAAAGGCACAGAGCCGGUGGACGAAGUGACCGCGCAGGUGAAAGCUGUCAAAAUUGACGAGAAGCCCAAAGAGGUCAAAGCGGAAGUGGUGGACGAGGGUCCACCCAAAUUCACUAAAUCAGUCCUGAAGAAGGGCGACAAGACAAACUUCCCAAAGAAAGGAGACACCGUCAGCUGCUGGUACACUGGAACUCUGGAGGACGGAACUGUCUUUGACACCAACAUUCCCGCAGCGGCCAGAAAGAAGAAGCAAACAAAACCGCUGAGCUUCAAAGUGGGCAUGGGCAGAGUCAUCCGAGGAUGGGACGAGGGUAUUAUGACCAUGAGCAAAGGCGAGACGGCCCGCUUGGAGAUAGAAUCCGAGUGGGCCUACGGGAAGAAGGGCCUGCCUGAUUCCAAAAUCCCGCCCAACGCCAAGCUGAUCUUUGAGGUGGAGCUGGUGGCCGUGGAUUAACGGCUAAAACGUCGGUAACAUUAAUGGAAAGUCACAGCACCUUUUGCAGGGUUUUUUUUUUGUUGUUUUUUUUUUUGUCCCCCCACACGGUCUUGUUACGUUGACCAGCUUAUGUUUAUUUGUAAGGAGCAAUUUGUUUACCUCCUUUGGGGCAAUUGUGGAUCUUUGGGUUCUUGUGCAUUGUUUGUCUUUGUUUGCAUAAAUAUAUCCUUUUUUUUACAGACAAAA